CAUGUGCAGAAACACACAUUAAGAGCACUCAGUCAUCCCAUAGAGAUGAGUGUCUAUGACAUGCCCAACAGUCCUGGAGAAACGGGAGACAGCAGAAGAGGGAAGAGCAAGGCACUGAAUGCUACAGACACUACUUUUAUGGAGGGAGUGGGCAAACAAACAAAAUGCACCUCUCUGUCAGAAACCACGAGGAAGAACGUACAAUUGAGCAAAGGGCGAGCGUGCUGGAGGUGGGCACUGGCGAGAGGCACAGAACAAAGGAUUCUCCAGGGAGACUGGGAACUGAAGAAGGAAGACACAAACCACAGUGCAGACACAAGCCGAGACAGAGACAGGGUACAAGAAAGUGACACCAUUGUCUUCAUAGUUCCUGGAAGAUAAGGACUGCCUUUGCCUUUGUGAGUCAGGAAACUUUACCUGUGAAGCCACGACAGUAACUAAUUGCCAAAAUUGCACCAUGCCAAACUACAAACUGAUUUAUUUUAAUAUGAGGGGGAGAGCAGAAAUUAUUCGUUAUAUAUUUGCUUAUUUGGACAUAAAGUAUGAAGAUCACAGAAUAGAACAAGCUGACUGGCCCAAAAUCAAACCAACUCUUCCAUUUGGCAAAAUCCCUGUUUUGGAAGUGGGAGGACUUACCCUUCACCAGAGUCUCGCAAUAGCAAGAUAUUUGACUAAAAACACAGAUUUGGCUGGCAAGACAGAGUUGGAGCAAUGUCAAGCUGAUGCAGUUGUGGACACACUGGACGACUUCAUGUCUCUUUUUCCAUGGGCAGAGAAAAAUCAAGAUGUAAAAGAGCGGACGUUCAAGGAGUUGCUCACAUGUCAUGCACCUCUUCUUCUGAAAGAUUUGGAUACAUACUUAGGGGACAAGGAGUGGUUUAUUGGUAAUUAUGUCACCUGGGCAGACUUCUACUGGGAUAUCUGCAGCACCACACUUUUGGUCUUAAAGCCUGACUUGUUGGACAUCCACCCCAGGCUGGUGUCAUUGCGGAAGAAAGUCCAAGCUCUCCCUGCCAUUGCUGCCUGGGUACAGAAGAGGCCACAGACCAAAUUCUGAUGCAGGCACAGCACCAGAUGAGAGCAACAUCAGCCUGCCAGAUGAUCCACACACUUCUUACUACCACUAAACUCUGUUGUAUUCUGCUUGC